AUGAAUUCCGAGGAUACACAUGAAAAACCUGAAAAAAUUGAAAACUUAGAGAAGGCUCUUGAAAUUCUUGAUCUCGAAAGUUUUACAGAAAAACUCGGUCUAUAUCGAUUUAUGAAAAAAAGCAAAGAUUUGAAAAAGUUCUAUGAUUUUACUUGGCCUUUAACAAUGGACGUACACGAACGUUGCAUUGUCUUUGAUUACAUUACCGACCCUGAAUGGUCAGAGGGAGGUAUUGGGAAAGAGCUUGCAACAAAUACUAUCGCGUAUCGCAGACUCCUGGAAUCCAAAACCCUUGAUCCGUCUAAAGGAACUCAUAUUUUACUCGUUCACGGACAGAUUGAGCGCUAUGGACAACAAAUAUCAGCAAGUGAGUACGAUGAACUCGCGGGAAAAGGAUUUCUUUAUGCGCCAAUUGCCGAAACAUCACCUGGUGAUGUAAUGAGAAAAGAUUAG